UGUAUUUGACAAUUGGUUGACAUGAAUGUAGACUGUAUAGAGUCCAGCUUAUUUCUCAGUUUCAGUUCCCAUUUAUCUGGUGAAGUCAGUUCUCGGCGACAUUGCGUCUUUCUCUGUGAAGCAACAAGAAAAAGUUGUCAAAAGUCAUCACCGACUUCAAGAAACAAGAUUCUCAUGCUGCCUUGUUUACACGAUGGACGGAUAUGUCAUAUCACCAGCCUCAGAGGAUGUCAUUCCAAAUGAACCUGCAGAUUAUCGAGCACCUGCAGAGCUGUACCCCUAUCUCACUAAUCCGGAGGAGAUUUAUGAAGACCAUAGAUGGACCUUCCACUCUGAGCGUGUCCAGCCAGCGGACUUUAAUAAUUCUUCUGUGAAUCACCUCACAGAGCUUCAGUCAGUGUCUUCUCAACAACUGAUACCACCGUACCGCUUGAGUGAGCCCCUGCCCCUUCACCUGGACCCGCAACUCGGACCUCUCUCCGUGUCACAACAAAUCCCAUAUUACCCCCCGACCCUGUGCUACCAGUACCAAACCUCUGUCUCGCCUGGCCAAUACUACUCAGAAGAGGAACAAAGAGGAAUUAGUCCCCCGCUCGAAGUAUCAGAUGGAGAGGAUGAUUUUGAAGACCACAACCACUCCUCCUUCAGGAAAGACACUAACAACAAGAAGAAAAUCCGCUUGUACCAGUUCCUCCUGGACUUGCUAAGAAACGGUGACAUGAGUGACAGUAUCUGGUGGGUGGACCAGGACAAGGGCAUCUUCCAGUUCUCCACAAAACACAAAGAAGCUCUGGCCAGCCACUGGGGUACUCAGAAAGGAAACCGCAAAAAAAUGACCUACCAAAAGAUGGCUCGAGCGCUCAGGAACUAUGGUAAAACUGGAGAGAUUAAAAAAGUAAAGAAGAAGCUAACCUACCAGUUCAGUGAGGCAGUCCUGAGGAACCUCUACUUACGUCAGUAUCCUCACUGAUGAGGGAGUAAUGGCUGUCAUUUAUUUUGCUGAAAUCACUAACCUAGCCCAGAUUUGCCUGUUUUGUUUUGUUUUGUUUGCAAUUUAACUUUUUCUACCAAGUGUUCUCACCUAUUUAUUUGUGAUGUAUCCUCUGUGGCAUUUGCUUCCAUAUAAACUGCUUCAUUUCAGACUCAAAUUAAUUUUGUGCGUUUGUGUACAAGAGAAAAUGACACAAAACUUUGAAAAUGAAUAUUAUGUUCUGUUCUUUCUGUCAAAUGAGCUCAAUCCACCUUUAGACAAGCACCAAACACAUUUUUCUAAUUCAAUACAUCAUGAAUAUCUCAUUGAAACCUUGGAGAAAGAGGGAGCAACAGAGAGAGGAUCCCUCUUUCAGGACAGAUGUGCAUUAAUGUCAUGUAUAGAUAGGCAAUAAUCAGCUGCAGUGAUUAGUUUAAAUUAACAAGACAAGCAAGAAAGACAACAUAGCAGAGAUGCAGGGGCCGGGGAAAGUUCAAUUUACCGCCUAGAGCUACAGCAUAACAGAUCUGGUUAGAAGAUUCAACAAGGCACUUUAUGCACGAAUGCAAUACAUUUUUCAUGCAGGGGACUUUGCAAAAAAAAGAUCUUUGGUGUGAAUCUGUAUGAAACAUUCGGCAAGUGGCAAGGCCUUGACCACAAGAUAGAUAGAUAGAUAGAUAGAUAGAUAGAUAGAUAGAUAGAUAGAUAGAUAGAUAGAUAGAUAGAUAGAUAGAUAGAUAUCUUAUGAAUACCUUUGAGGCACAAUCGUUCCGUUUUGUUAGAUGUUUCCAGUCGGACACAAAACUUUCCCUCUGGUAACUCAUCCUGACAGCGGCUCAAAUUUUUCAUCACACUUAUUAUUCUUUUUUUUUAAAAUAUAUAUAUGUGCUGUCAUUGUUUCACAUUACUGAUGUUUAAGUAUAUGUUUUUAAGUAUUUGUUGUAACUAUAUCGUAUAGUCUUUGUAUAUUUCCGGAUGAUUUCACUAACAAAAUAAAGGGCUAACACAUUA